UUACGAUUUUCGUUGCGUCACAGGCGCGAUCUUACGUUUAAGUUGCACGGAUAACGUGAUUCUGAAUCGCGCCGAGUCUUAUCUGUCGAAUCUCUCUCGCGGCUCGCUUUAUUGUCUCGCUGUUCUCGCGCCAUGCGUCUUCUCCCAGAGAUGCUCUGGCGUUCACAUACCUCGCGAUCUUUAUUCUUCUUCACACACACACACGUUCGUUAUUCUAUUAAACUUUCCAAACAACCGCCCCCUUCCUCUCGCCAGGCGAGAGAAUUCCUCUCAUUAUCAGAUUAUUUUUAUCCACGCCUCUCGCGCGCGCGCGCGCGCAUAGCUCGGUUGACUAAGCAUCGUCAAGCAUUUUUUCGUCGUUGCGUCUUCGUGAGACGGACACGUUGCAGGUUUCUGCUCUCGCUUCGAGGAACUUCCUGUUGCAACGAGAGUCGGAGCGAGACACGUUUCGCGAUAUUUCGUUUCGCUCCAACUUCUCGCCGAUAAGUGCCCUAACAGCGUAGAUGUCCAGAGGAGGACGUCCUGGGGAUGUUUCUUCAUUCUCAGGACGUCCCCAGGAGAAUAUGUACUGUCUGGGUGGACAUCCAGAAAGUUCCUCGGCAGGGAACGGACCGUGUCCCGUUCUGACUUCGAUUGCUCAUGUUGACACAACGGUAACAUAAGUCAUUCUCGUUUUUCUCUCGGCCGGCUCAGAGUCACGGAAUCCGCGUUCGAUUUCUCGAUCGACGACCGAAUCUUGUCUCUUUUCAGCGCGCCCGAGAGAAGCGUUUCUCUGCAUGCGUGUGCAUGUGUUUACACGAAUCGGUGUUCUCGUUGUCUAUUAAGUCGCGCAAACACGCUUUAUCGCUUGUUCUUUUUUCAUUCGCACGGCGCUCGACUGCAGGGGGAGAGCGAUGCAGCAGAGUCCGCUGGACGGUUGCUGCACAUUUUAGGAGAGCCACCCAAAUAUUUAUUCGAUGUGAAAAGUACUAAAAUAUUUACCGUGUGACAUAACACUUGACAGCUGCCGCCGAAUACUCGAUAAUAACGGCGCGUCGUUAUCUGAUAAGCCGCUGCGUUUCGCGGCCUCCGUUUGCAGAUACUAUUGAAAUCGUGCGUUGACCUGCCGACUGUUUCGUAUACAAGAUUGCACUCCGAUAACGCCUUCGUCACUGUUCGUUAUUUACGUUCAAUCUGAUUCUCGACGAUGCGAUCGCUCUGCAAACACGCACGGGGGAGGUAGGAAAAUUUUCGAAAAAUUGGGACGGAACAUCGAUUUAUUGCGCUUUACAGCCACGUCGUCGUAACAUCAAUAUGAACAGAAAUUCAGACAAUCGUUAGGCAAACACGAUACGAUGCUACGAGAACGCGAGUAAAUACACAUUGAUCGGGCAAAAAAGAGUAUAGAUAAAGCGAGGGAGGGGGAGAGAGAGAGAGAGAGAGAGAGAGAGAGCGAGCAUUCGCAAGAUAAAGCGACAGCGCGCGAGAUGAUUGACGGGGCGAACGAAGGUGAAUGUUAAUAUCCCUCUCGCGGAACGAAACCUGAACGGCAGGCCGGCGGGAGUUUCGCCGUUGGUUCGCAGCGGUGUCUCGCGAGUAUCGCGGGUGUCGCUAAAGACGCUGACUUGCGGCGAUUUUCGGUCGACGACGACGUGUCGACACGCGACGGAGUUGCAGAGGAGCGAUCAAAAACGGACACCCUCGCGAGCCGGCGUUUUUCGCGACCGCGACGACACGCGUCGCGGUCACGUUUUCCGCCGCUUAGCAAGCGUUUACGUGACGGUUUUUGCAGCCGAACGCGAUCGCACUUAUCUCGCCGUCGCCGUGAUACGACGAUGCUGAUUAAUAUUUGCUUGGUACCGGCCUGACGUAUAUGUUUGUCGAGUGGCAAGCGCAUCGCGCUGCCGGCGGGCGCCGCGGAAGGAAGAAGGAAGAAUCAAAUGAAAAACGCCGGCCGUCUGCCGUGGCGGAUAACUCGCGAUCGCGCGUCCAAAGACGUCGGGAUCGAUGACGCGCAGUCCGUAGUCGCGUGCGGCCAGGAGCGGCCGCGCGAAAACAGCUGGUCCAUUGAUGGUAUUGGAUCCCAAGGCCACCAGUUUGCACAGUGAUUACGGAAGUUUCGAUCGGCCAUUGGGCGCCGGGGAGGGCCACGAGAGGGACGUCGAGGCGGCGGUUGAUGGAAGCAGCAGCGGCAUGGCACAGUCCAGCGAUGUUUACCAGCGGCAGCCGUUGUUGCCCGGCGUUCCCUCCAAGAGCAAGGACAAGUGGUCCGGGGUGGCCUCGGGCUCGGACUACUACGAGGACGACGAGGACGAGAAGAUCGAGACCCUCGGCCGGCAUCCCGGGAUACCGAACGGCUCCGGCAGCGGCGUCGGCAGCAGCGGCAACGGCGGCGGCGUCGUUAAGCUCGACAUCCCGGCGCCGCUGCGCGAGGAGCCGCGUUUCCCCAAGGAAAAAUGGAAAACAUUUCUCGCGUUUCUCUUCAUGGUCGUGAACUUCAUACUGACCACAGCGUCGUUAGCGAUGGUGCACGAGCGCGUGCCGGAUAGGAGCACGUACGGACCGCUGCCGGACGUGGUGUUGGAUAACGUCGCCGCACAGGAUUGGGCACUUACCGUCUCGGAGGUUCUCAUCAUGAUCAUGUCGAACUCUGCGAUGGUCUUCAUCAUUUUCCACAGGCAUAGAUUUAUAGUAGUUAGGCGAGUAUUCCUGCUGAUGGGGCUGCUGUACAUGAUGCGGAGUAUCACGAUGUACGUGACGGUCAUGCCGAUCGCCAGCAAGACUUACUACUGCAGCCCGAAGGCGAACAACACCAGCCCGUUGCUCGUGACGAAGAGGGUCCUGCAGCUCAUCUCCGGCUUCGGCCUGUCCAUUAACGGCAGACACACCUACUGCGGGGAUUAUAUCUACAGCGGGCACACAGUAGUGCUCGUGCUCAGUUACCUGAUCAUCAAGGAAUACUCCCCGAGAAGGUGUCAACCGAUCCACUGGUUAGCGGGUCUCACGGUGCUCGUCGGGGUAAUUAUGGUCCUGGUAGCUCACGGUCACUACACCGUGGAUGUACUUAUAGCUUACUACGUUACUACACGCUUGUGGUAUAUUUAUCACACGCUAGCCAACAACCCGCAUCUUAAGCAAUAUGGACCAAACAACUUUUUGGCCCGGCUCUGGUGGUUUCGAAUCUUCAAGUAUUUCGAGAAAAAUGUGGGCGGCACAGUGCCACGACAAUAUGACUGGCCUCUACCUUGGCCUCGACGGUUUCUUGCCAAGCAUCCUAAUCGAGAUAGUUAAUACUGGUCCUGAUGUCACGAUAGAGGCUGUUAAACAAAGGAGUUACUUUUGUUGUAUAUAUUGUAUACAUACAUACAUGUACACACAUACCUGCGUAUGUAUACAUCUUAGGCUCGUUAAGUGGAAUGUAAAGCUUUUCGCUAGAGAGACGGAUAAGUGCGAGCGUUUUUUCAAGAGAGCGGAAGCUCACAAAUGUGGAAGCAUUGUAGCUUUGCGUCGUUCACUGUCGCCUGCGAUUCGACGUGUGAUCGUGAACGCGCGCGCGGACACAAUAGUCGUGUUCUCUCUCACGCGUAAGUCAUCGUCCAAUCGGCCCGAAUUUACUUUUCGCUUGAUUUUGAUACGAUUUAUAUAUACAAUUUAACGAGUAGAUAAACGAGAUGGACAGAGUUUACGAUAGUUGUAGCCAGCGAGAAUUCGAACGGCGGGAGGCAAGGAGGAACUCGAGUGUACAGCCGUACAAUCGACGCGUUUUAUUAAUCCGUGUACAAUCGCGCUCGCACACCUUUGGAUAGCUAUGUAGACGACGAGGAGAAGACGACAAAUCGAAAGUAAUACGGUAAAUAAGUAAACUUAGGGCGCGCGCGUGCCUGCCGAGGGGUCGCGCGUUUUUCUAGAGACUCGAGCGCGAUCACCGCGUACAAUAAGGGAUAUUUUUCAUCUCCGGGAUAACGUAGAGAUAAAAAAUUCACGAGGGUGAAAUCCGAAUCCUCCCGCCAGACGAAUCUCCGCGUCGCGUUCUUAACAUGUCUCGACUUCCAGUACCUAGAUACGUCGUCGUCCCUGACUCUGCAUUCGCGGCACGAAUUAUUCCGAUGAAAAACAAGUUCGCAGACAAAUCUUUGCCAAAGGUGCGCAACGUCGUCGUCGUCGUCGUCGUCGUCACCGCCGCCGCCGCCGCUGCACCCGCGAGGCGCGACGCCGCGCGGUGCACUUCUUCCUCUCUCGCUAGUCUCCCCGUCGUAGAUCCACCAUCAUAUGUGUCGAUACUCUCUCCUCGAAAUUGUUUUCCCCGCGCUUCGUCAGCGAGAAACGACCCGAUCCGGUACUCUAGAGGCGAUUGUGCAAUUUCGUGGGACCAAAACCAGGAGCGCUCAAUAAUAAUAGACGUUAGUUUACGUAGCAUUGACGAACUGUAAACGCAUGCAUAUACACCGACUCGCGAGGUGGCAUGAUCUCUAAUCACACACAUUUAACAUAAUUGAUAUGACCGACGUGGGUGACGAGUUUCGUCGAUAACGUCACCCGAUCGAGAAUUCGGUGUCGUAAAAAUGAGCUCAGACGCCACAAUGAACCGUUCGGCCGAGCGGACGCACCGGUUAACGCGGAUGGAAUUUGAAUCUACUACCUGCCGUUGAGCAAAUUAUCGUCGAUUCGCGCUUAGAACGUACAUAGUCAUGCCUCGGAUUCGGAGCGAGGUUUUCCUCGCGAGGAACGCGCGUUUCAAGGGGACACACACACACACACACACGUACACACAUAUACAUACACUUGACUCUUCUCAACUUCCAUUCGAGCAGUGUAGUCCUCGUGCUGUCUCACACACACGAAAGUAUCAUAUCUAGAGUAACCAAGAGAAUCUUACAAAAAAAUUAAUACUAAUAAUGAUAAGAAUAAUAAAGAAAGAAGAAAGUACUGACGCACGUGCCGCGUUCGUGUUUUCACGGAAUAAGAUCGUCGUACGCUUGUGCACACACAUACACCGGAUGUUGUCAUAUAUAUUAUACAUA